AAAAAAUGUAAAUAAAAUCUAUUUCGAUAGAAUUUAAUUUGUUUGUUUUAUUACUAUAAUUUGUGGAUUUUUAGCUUUUUAUUAAUAAUACUUCAUACAAGCAAGAGCAUAUAUUUAACAGCUAAAUUUUAGUAAUUUAUGAAUUAGCAAUUCGACAAGAUAAAGAAUUAUGAACAGAAGCUUUAAUUUACGAUCAAUAAAUUAGAGCCGUAGCAUCGACUGCCAACUGAAAAUUCAAUUAAUAAUGCCAGCUAUAUGGGAGGAAUCCUUAAGCAGAGUUAGAAUAACAACCAAAAUUAUAUUUAAUUUUUAGAAUCCAUUACACCUUAAUCAAAUAAAUCUAAUUAAUUCAAUAGAAGCUUUUUGGUUGAGAGACAAAACACUGAUUAAGAAUAAACGAGAGACAAUAUUUUACCUUAAAUCAAUAAUCCAAGGUCGAAAAGCGAAAAUAAAAAUGGUGCUCAAAAUAAUAGCAGCUAAUAAUAUUUGGACUAAUAAAAAUAAACUUUUUACAACAAUAGAUAGUCAUCUUCUAAAAAUUAAAAGAGAAGUCACAAUUACAAUUUUUAUGCUUAACCAAAGAAUGCUGUUGAAGUCAUAAUUACGCAGAAUGAAUUUGAAUCAACAAACUCUUCUAAUUUAUGGAAUGAACUACAAAUGAGAAAGCCUAAUUAUAGAUAUCCAAAUACAACUAAAUACUCAUAAUCUAACAAAAUUACUCUUUAGCAAAGUAAUGGUAGAUAAUUACAAAGCAGAGAUCUCAUUAGAUCAUUAACUAUAGAUAACAAUAAUUGCAACUCUUCAAAUAGUAAAUCAAGAAAUUAUUUAGAUGAUCUUUAAAUCUACAAUAACGCAGUUAAUAGAUUAGAUACAUCUUCAUCAUAAAAUUUUAGCCAACCUCUAUCAAAACAUAUGAUAAAUAUAAAAAAUAUAGUCAAAAAUCAAAGUUUAACACCUAUUUCACAAUCAUUCAACAACAAUAGAUUUUAGGAACUUUAAAUUAAUACAAACGAUAAUAAUGGCAAUUACUCUAAUCUAAGAUUAUCUAACUAAUGUUUUUCAACUCCUCACAAGGGUUACUAUAAAGAUAUGAAUUCUAAAAUGUUUUUGAAUAAAAGCUAUGACUAUGAUUUAAAGAUAAAACCUCCUUUGCUUCAUAAGACUAAAACUAAUGAAAAAAACAUUUAAACCGAGUUAAAAGAAAUAGAAGAAUAAAAUGAUUAAUUAAGUGAAAAUAUUAUCAAAAAUGAAAAUAUUUAAAUUUCUCUAAACAGAAAUCAUUUGAAAAACAUAUCAAGCUCAUCUAAUAGGUAUAAUAAGCAUAAUUACAAUUUAUCUUCACCUUAAAUGAUGCUUUAAUAGCAUAGUAAAUAACAAUAAGCAAAUAUUUAGUAAUAAUAUUAUGAGAGGAUAGUAACUGAUAGUGAAAUUUAAUCUAAUAGGAGCAAUUAAAAUAACUUAAGUUUUCAUCACACUUCAUUUUCUAAAAACUAAUACUUGAUAGACGAAAGAAAGGUGGUCAACAUUUAAGUUUAAAAUGCAGAAAUGGAUCAAUACAUCAGAUAGAUAUAAAAGUAUGUUUUUAAGAAGUAGCACGAUAUUGAUAACAACAGCAGCUUGAGUUUUAAAAGACCAAACGUAAUACAUCCCUCUGAUCUAGCUGAGCACGUUUUCAAUAAUUAAAUGAAAAUCAAUUCAUCGAACUAAUAAUUGCUGAAUAAUUUAUAAUAAACUGACUCAAACUAAGAUUUGAGAUAAACUCUCAUAGAAAAUGACAUUCACUUAGAAUAGCCUCUUAUAAUGUAGCAACAUACAUUUUAAUAAUAAAAUUAAGAUAUUAAGUAGCUUCAAGUGGUAGAUUAGAAUUUAUAUUAAAUGAAUCCUAAACAAGAUAUUGAUUUUAAUUAAUAGGAUAAGAACUCUUUAGAACAAACAGAAACGAAAAACCAAAAUAAUUUAUAAUUAUAAAAAAAUUAUCAAGACAUGAAGAACAAAGAUUAAAUAUAAAAUAUUGAUUAAUAAAAUAAAAAUGAUGAAAAACUGAAUAAUAAUUAAAUGAAUGAAACUCUUUCAAGACAAUAUAGUUUUUCAGCUUGUUAUAAUUAGAACAAAAGUAUUCUUCCUUUAUCGAGAAAUAGCGAGUAGGUAGAUUAAACUCCAAAACUUAAUUCAUAAGAACAAUUAUAAAUCCCAUCUCAAAAAUCUUCUUUGGAUGAAAACAGCAGUCAACAAAAUUAAUAAAUAAAUUAAGAAGAUAUAGAUUUUUUUGACAAAAAGCGGUCUGCUGAAUUUGGAAUAAAUUAUAAUUCAAAUAAAGGCAGCAAGAAAUAAAUAAAGAACAGUUCUCAUCAAUAAAUAAAUAGUAAAAACACUCAACUAGAACUACUACAAGAAAAUACUCAAUAAUAAAUAAAUUAAAGUCCUAAAAACAAUUAAAAUAAUAAUUCAUCUAAAGGAUUACUUAAAAAUCAUUAAUAUUUAACAUAGACAGCAUAACUUUCUUCAUAAAAAUCAAGCAAUUAAACCUCCUAUAAUUCGCCAUAAUCUUAUAAAAUAGUAAAUCAAUAAUCCUCACAAAGCUCUUAUUAUUAAUCCUCUUAAAUUUCUAAUUAACCUAAUUCUUAAAAUUCACCUAAUGAAUAAUCUUAUAAAAGCUCAAAAGAACUAUCAUAGAGAAACUCUGAAUAAUAUUCUCCUUAAGACUUAAGUAGUUAAUCACAAUAGGAUUCGAAUAGAUUAUUAUCUUAAGGAUCUAACUAAUUUCCUUCUUAAAAUUCAAAUAAUUUUUCUCCUUAUAAUUGUUCAAAGACAAAAUUGCUUGAAAACAACUAAAGAUUAGAUUCAUAAAGGGUUUAAUAGCAAUAGUAACAUUAAGAGUCAAGUCAUCAGAGUUAAAAUGCAUUUAUGAAGUUUAAUCCUGAUAAGAGAAAUUAAAUUAUAAUAGCAUAAGAAGGAAAUUCAAAGCAAAUAAGCAAAAGAAAUAGCAAUUCAUCAAGUAAAUCAAAAUAGAUUUAAAUUGAAACAAACUCAGCUAGGAAUAAUUAAGAGGAGCUUUUAUAGUAAAAAAGUAAUGAUAAAAUUAAUCUACCUAUUCAAAUGAAUUAGAAUCAAAUUUAAAAUGGAAGCAUAUAAAUUAAUUUAGACCAUAAUUAAAUAUCUUUACAAGGUGCUUCAGCUCUCGAGUCUCAUUAAACAGCAUCCUAACAAACAUCAAAAAAGAAUAGUGUUUCUUAAUAAUUUUAUCAAGGAAUAUUUAUGAAUACUCUUAGAAAAGACCCGAGUUUUUAAAACAGUGAUAGUAAUCCUAAUUAAUACAAUUAAGAAGAAACUCCAUACUCGAGCAAUUAAAAUACUAAUAGAGAUUAAAUUAAUGAAGAAUUGCAUUAAUAAAACAUAGAAAAUGCCUAAUUUAUUCAAAAGAGAGAGAACAACAUUGACAAAAUUGAGCAAAUGUCCUAAAUAAACAACCAAAAGUAAGAUAUGCUAUUGAAUUAAUCAUAAAAUGGUUUUCAAAAUCACUAAUUUUAUGAAAAAGAAAGAAGAAAAUUAAAAGCCUAAAUUUAAUAACAACAAAAAUAUAAAAAAUAAGACAAGAAGAGUGAGGCAGAAGAAAAAACCAAUCAGACAGAGACGAGUAACAAAUAUCCUAAUGACAGUCGUUAUAUUUAAAAGUAAAUUUUUCACAAAGAGUCUCUAGAAACUUAAAAUGCGAGAGGCUAAAACAGACAUAUAGAAUUUUUAACAACAGAAGCAGCUCAUGAAGAUGAAUAAAGUUAGAGAAAAAAAAGAUUCAACACAGUUGAGAAUGAAGGAAGAUAUUUGAGGACAGAUAGCUAAGACAGCAGCUAGUGGUUGAGAGAGAAUAUAAUUGUGAAAAAUGAGAGUCCAAAUAUAAACCAAGCUAAUAGCACAUAAAAAUCAUUUAAAUCUAAAUCAAAAGACUCGACACUUUAAUCCUUCUACCAAUCAAAUAUGUUCAACAUAAUUAAUAUUGGAGGAAGUGUGGAAGAUCCAAUAAAAAUAGUUAAAAAAUGCAACUAAUUUAAAAAGUAAGGUUACAUUAAAUUAAGCUACAAAGAAACUUAGUUUGUAAAUUCUCAAAAGAAGUCAAAUCAACUAACACCAAAAAAGAAAUCUAUAAAUAAAGUGAGUAUUUCUCCCACAAGAAAUUAGGAUUCAAAUGUUACUUCAAUUAAAACAAGUCCUCAAUCAAAAAUACAAAGCAAAACAAAGCUGAUUAAUUCAAGCGAAAUUUCAUUUCAAAGUCCAAACAAAUUUCAUGUUUCAAAAUAACUUUGA